UCUAGAUGUGCAUACAGUAGGUAGAGAAGGAACUAAAGCAAGCCACAGACCAUUGACAAAAGACGUUUGGAUAUUUAUGUCAUGCUUAGGUGAUUACUACUGUAUAUAUAUUACACAUAUUGUCCUUUUAGUGUAUAAUCUCCUACGGAUUAUUUACUUAUAUUGACCGAGGCUCGAUGUAUGUAAAGCGUGUUCUAUACUGCUGGAUUGAUUGGCUUGUGUGGUGUUUUAAAUUCUGACAAACCACAGGUAAAUGUACGAGCUAGCAACAGAGGACCAUAGCAGAGACUGGGACACACUCGUUCUAGUUAUCAACACUAUUCGACUACCUGUUCGACAAGAAUGAUAUAACCAACGGACAGAUUUCGGAUUGGAAAGACAGUGCAAUGGAUUUGUUUGGUGGACAGAUAGACUGGGUUUCUCAGAAAAAGAGGAAUGCCAUCCUGAAACAACUGUCAGAACAAAAGGAGGAGGAACGCAUGCUAGAUAGGACGAAAAGGGAAUUAUUGGAUGACUACAGCAGCAGAUAUCUUCGAAACUAUGAAUCACGCAAAGAACUUGAGAAGCAUUGGCGAGCAGCCAGCGCGUCGAAGAAGAAUAGAGAGAGAAAUUAAGUGGCUAUCAGACUGAUGAACAGUGAUAUGUGAUUAUGAUGGGCAAGGAACACACAGUAGACCAGGUGUAUUACCUACUGCUGUGUACCAUGUCUUGUUGUCAAACACAAAAACUCAAGGUGUCAGAACCUUUGUCAAUUCAAAAUAACUUGGUUAUGGUCAUUGAAAAAUUGUGUUUCCGAUAAAUGUUAAUUUUGAUUAGUAUUAUUAUUUAUUUAGUUGAUUAAUUAAGUAUUGAUUUAUUUGAAGUGUUUAAACAUACUUUUCAUGGAAGAAGGGAUCAACUUGGUGUCUCCAUCCGCAGUAGAUUAUCAGUAGUAUUGUUCACCAACAUGACUGCAAUAUACCAAUGAUUAAAUUAUUUCGUUAAAUUGUGUAUUCAUCAUGUGUCCUUAGUUUUUCUUGUUAUGUCAGCAUUACCAACAUGUAAACUCCAACGUGUGCCUCAUCUUCGUAUUAUAUGUUAUAUUCUAAUCAUCAAUAAAAAAAAAGAUGUUGUAUAUA